AGCAGAUGGCCGCGCUAUGAUGUCAAACGUCGUCAGCUGAGCGUGUGGUGGCAGACGCAGAUUUAAACUUCAAGUGCAUGACUGGCGGACAGUUUGCCUGCCGUUACCCCCGCAUCACAGACGGAGGACUAGAUGCAUUAUUAGAUCAGCCAACUGAUGAAGGGCUGCGUUUAAUAGACUGCAAGAACAAACUUCACAUUCCGCAUCGGUUUAAAAAGCCUAGUGUUGGAUAAUAUGCCAUCAAGUCCGAAACGAAGUUUUCUCUUCGCUGGAUCUGGUGAUUGACGGCUCCUGACAACCCGCCUCCUGCUCAAGCACCCUGGAGGGAACCUAAGGAACUGACCUGAAGAGCUCAGCAGAACUUCCCACAGAUAGCCUGCUAAUAUGGAGUGACCCCCAACCUCUGACAUCAUCAUGGCGGAUGCCUCGUCCAUGUUCGUGACGGAGACAGCUCGCCCCCUGCUGGUGGACCUGGAGCCCUGCGCCCUCCAGCUGAGAGCAGACAUCCAGCUGCUGCCUGCGCUCACCAGCGCCACACUGUGUCUGCUGGGGAUACUCUACUGCUUCUGGGGUUAUCGGUGUUUUAAGCUGGUGCUGUUUGUGUCUGGGUUUGCACUGAGUGUGUGUGUGUCCUACCCACUGUGUAAGCUGCUGGCUCCUGACCUGCGUUUGGAGGCGUACUGGGGUGUCUGUCUGGGCGUGGCCCUGCUGGUCGGCAUAGUGACGGCGCUGGUGCGGAGCGUGGCGCUCUUCCUGAGUGGUCUGCAGCUGGGCCUGUUGCUCUCUGUCGUCGCCCUGCUGGCCGUGGGCCAGUACUGCGCCCUCAGCCCACUCUGGCUGCCGUUGGGCAUCACCGUGGGAACGGCAGCCUCCACCGCCGUCCUCACGCUGUUCUGGGAGAAGCCGAUGGUGGUGCUGUCCACCGCGACGCUGGGCGCUGCCAUGCUAACGGCAGGGGUGGGCGUGGAGGCUCGGACGCUGCCGAUGCGAGCGCUGGACGGCCUGUUGUGGGCGGAGCCUGAGGAGGGCGUGGUCAGAGCGGAGCCACACCUGAUGUGCUGGUACACCUGGGUGAUGCUGGGAGUCUGGCCAGCUCUUGUCGUGCUGGGCAUCAUUGUCCAGUGGAGGCUCACGGCUUACAAACUCACACACAUGGACGUGUUUGGAAGCCACCGCCAGAAACAGGUCCCCCUCAUGCAUAUCAGACAGAGAGAAGCUCGCCGUCGACCUCAAGGAGUUUACAGGACACGACGACCACCACCACUCAAACGCUACGCAGGAGAUACUCUGGCACCAAGUUACCUGCGUAGUCUGCAGGAACGCCAGAGUGGGACUGGGUCAUCUCAGAGCAGCCUGAGCACCUCACACACACACCACACCAUGAUCGACUUCGACUUCGAGACCGGCUCAAUGGUUCCGCUCACUUCCCCCUCCUCCUCUACCUCCACGCUACGCAUCUGAGACACACACACACACACACACACAUUGAUGGAGAUUGCCUUGUGUUUCCGACAUAUACUCCCAACACACCUCACCUGGUCGAUGAAGCUCUGGAUCCCACUGUGUGCGUGUGAUGUUGCUUUACACAACUGAGCAGCACUCAGUAACGCCACAACGCCACCCCACUCCGCUAACCUCAGCAAAGCCGCGGACUCUAACUCCGUAACCACGACUACACCCCACCCCACUGACCUGUACUCCAGGAGAUCAGUCUGACCUCUAAUAGUUCUACAGGAGAACUCCGACUGGUCCGAUCCCAUUGCAAGAACACUCUGAUGGGGACCUAAAGCAGAACUAAAUGCUUAUGGGGACCUAAAGCAGGAACUAAAUACAGAUGGGAAUCUAAAGCAGAACUAAAUGCUUAUGGGAACCUAAAGAAGAACAAAUGAGUUUCCCCUGGGGAUCAAUAAAGUAUCUAUCUAUCUAUCUAAAUGCUUAUGGGAACCUAAAUGCUGACAAGAACCUAAAGCAGAACUAAAAGCUGACAGAAACGUAAAGCAGGAACCAAUGCUGCUCAGAGAGAUUGCCAACCUGACUGAGGGGAGGCACAUUGCAUUUGUGACAACAAUCCUCAUCACGUCUGGGCUGACUCCAGCCUGCCCCCUACUGCCCACUGUCAUGUAUGGAGGUGUACUCUCGCUGUAUGGGACAUUCUACUAGAAUCUUACAUGAUCUGUCCUGGAAUUGUUAUAAUGAAUACAACUUGUAUACCGGUGAAAAAAGUCUUAAACUGACUAGAUAACUGAUUUCUGUUAGUUCUGUAAAGGAAUAUGUCAUUCUUUAGGUCAUCUGAUGUUUUUUGUUUUCUUUAUUAGCAUCACUUUUCAAAAUUACAAAUCCUGAUUCCAUAUUCAUGAAAACAUGAACACAAAGUAUUUUACAACUAUCUCCAUGUUUUCCUCAUGUCCUGUCACGUUUUCAUAAAACGCCACAUAAAAAAAGUGUCCAAUACA